GUUAGGAUCUAGACUAUUCUAGACGACCUCAUAUUUUAUAUACUGCGACCUGUGGCAAAACAGGACAGAUUGAACUAUUGGACGGUAUUCGCAAAUGCGAAAAUCAGAGAAAAAAUGGCAAGUUCAUCGCGAAACGAUACAAACAAGAUCUGUUGUUACGCACAUCCAGAUGCCCAACUUAUAGAAGAUUACAGAGCAGGAGAUCAGAUUUGCGGGGAAUGUGGAUUAGUUGUGGGAGAUAGAGUGAUAGAUGUGGGUUCAGAAUGGAGGACGUUCAGCAAUGAGAAAUCAGGAAUAGAUCCAUCGCGUGUUGGUGGACCAGAGAAUCCACUUCUGAAUGGUGCAGAUUUGUCUACGAUGAUUGGACCAGGAACAGGCGCUGCGUCUUUUGAUGGUUUUGGCACUGCCAAAUAUCAGAAUCGACGUACAAUGAGCAGUUCCGACAGAGCUCUGCUCAAUGCAUUUCGCGAGAUCAACGGAAUGGCAGAUCGCAUUAAUUUGCCAAAAACUAUUGUGGACCGAGCUAAUACGUUGUUCAAGCAAGUACACGAUGGCAAAAACUUGAAGGGUCGCUCGAACGACGCGAUCGCCUCCGCGUGUUUGUAUAUCGCCUGUCGACAGGAAGGUGUGCCGCGUACAUUCAAGGAAAUCUGUGCUGUCAGCAAGAUAAGCAAGAAGGAGAUCGGUCGAUGUUUCAAGUUGAUUCUCAAGGCCCUGGAAACCAGCGUCGAUCUCAUCACCACAGGCGACUUUAUGUCCAGAUUCUGCUCCAAUCUCGGCCUUCCCAACAUGGUGCAGAAGGCCGCUACACACAUUGCCAGAAAAGCUGUGGAGAUUGACAUUGUACCUGGCAGAUCGCCCAUAUCAGUUGCAGCUGCAGCGAUUUACAUGGCGUCACAGGCUUCGGAGGACAAGAGGUCGCAAAAAGAAAUUGGAGAUAUCGCUGGUGUCGCGGACGUCACAAUCCGACAAUCGUACAAAUUAAUGUAUACGAGUGCGCCUAAGCUCUUCCCAGAAGACUUCAAAUUCGCAACACCGAUUGAGCAGUUACCACAGAUGUAAAGCAGUCUCGUUUCUUUCUUUCGAAGUAUAUUUGUUCAUUAUAUUAUACUUUAAAGAAGUAAUUGUUUUUUUAUUAUUAGUAAUCAAACACAGGUACUUUAGUCAUUUUAUUCACAAGGCACAUUCCUAAAUAAGUCAUACAGUUUAAUAUUUUUCUUGUCGAUAAGAACAAGUUAAUUUUUUCUGUUCUAUUUUACUAUAUUCCUCGGAAGUAUAUUGGUGCCUGGAUAGUAUAUAUUAAAUAUUGUUCUGUUCUAUGUGUUCUAUGAUUUAUAAAAAUCAUAAUCUACUAUAGUGCUUAAUUCUUGUGUAUGCUACGAUAUCUUCUAUUAUUUUCUCUUGCAAAUUUUUAUUUAUAAUUUUUAAUUUUUUUAUUAAUUAUUUUAUUAUUUUUUUUUGGCAGCACUAUAAGAAAUUUUUAUCAAAUGGCCUUAUAUUAAACCUUAUAUAUAAAACUUGAAAAAUCUGCAUACAUAUAUUUAAUAUCAUAAUUAAUUAUGUAAUUAAUACUAUGUAUAGUAUAGUGUAGGAAUGAUAAUAGAAGUAAAACAGGUCAGGGUUUUACGUUAAAUCUUUAUAAUCAAUAAUAUUUAAUGACAUCAACCUGCUAUUCUGAUAAAGUUAAACGAAUAAAUUCGGUCCGAUGUUUGACACCAGGCUUAA